UAUUUCUUGAUGUCCACGUGCAUACCCUAACACAACAGAUGUCAAAGUGACGAUGCUAGGUUUCGUACAUUAGAGGAUACUUACAGAGUUCGAGAUAUAAUAGUUGAAAAUUCAUAAGAUAUAGACUCGGAAAAACCGUGAUUUCUUACCACCUUUAUUUUACAAAUAGCGCAGGAUGAACGAUUCACCCGUGUAGCAAGACUUGUUGAUAGGUGUUGCGAACGGCACGUGCAUUUAAUUAAAUACACACCAGAAGCGUAUACUGAAAGUUCGAGCAGCUAGCCCGCUGUUUUCUUGCCUUAUAGUUGUAAACUGGCUCGACAGGGGACACUGCGUGAAAUCAUCUUGUCAAUAUAACAACCGAGUUGGAUGAUCAUUUGAAAACCUGAAGAACAGUUCCUGAAAUAAGACCAAGAUGAGGGAGACGGGAUGUUUCGGAUUUUUCCACAGACUUCGAAAACAGAAGGACAGUGGAGAAGUACAAACGCUGAGAUACGAGUCCAAAACAGAGAUAUUUCAAACGACGGACAAUCGCACCAUUCCGUCACCAUCAUUCGAAACUUCAUCUUCCGCAGACUUUACAUCUUCUUCCUCAGCUAAAGCACAAUUUUUUCAGGAAGAUCGAAUAGCUGCUGAAAGAUCCGACAACGGUUAUACUGAUACUGGCCUGUUGACCAGCAAAUCUAAUGAAGGAGUAAACAACGAAAGACAUUCUGCGAAGGAACAAAACGAGAUAUACAUUAGGAGAUUAAAUUCUUUGGCGUCAGAUAUUGAAGAAGAUUUGAGCUUAUUAAGAGUACUUUCACCAUCCAUUAUGCCCUUAAAGAAAUCCAAAAAGAAAGACUCGGUUGAUCAAGGACAGGCUUUCAACU